CAAUAGCCCAUCUAUUGAAUGAAGCUCGUCUCUUAUUUUUUCUGAUUCUCUGCUCCCUCAAAAUUGUUGCUUAUAAUCUACGACAACUUUUAAAUUUCUCAAAAUAUUCUACCAAAAAAUGCUUCGUCGUUCAUCUCUUUCUCUCUCCAAAUUACUUCACAGACACCCUGUUGGAAGAUCUCCACGCCCUAAAUCCCCAAUUCCAGUAGUAACCCUCGCAACUCUCUCAAAUCCACGCUCAUUCCAUCAAUUUUCGCGCCCGACGAUCGCAGAUUCAGCUACCCGCUUCAGCAUUCCCAACCAUUCCAGACAAUUCAGCGCCGAAACCGACAGGGAGGUCGACAAAAUCAACCUCAAAUUCGCGGAAGCUCGCGAGGAGAUAGAGUCGGCGAUGGACUCCAAAGAAACCGUGUACUUCAACGAAGAGGCCGAGUGCGCGCGCGAAGCCGUCGGCGAGGUUCUGGAAUUGUACGAGGGGCUGCUGCGGAGGCUGCCGGAGGGCGAGAGGGCGUCGAUUCAGCGGGCGAUGGGGCUUAAAAUUGAACAAUUGAAAGCUGAGCUCGCGCAAUUGAAUGAGUAGUGAGUUGAAGAAUCUGUUUUUUAUUUUAUUUUAUUUUAUUUUAUUUUGUUUACGAUUAAGCUAUUAUCGACUUAUUUUGUCACGAUAUUAAACUAUGGAAUUGAGCAAAGAUUAUCUAAUUUUUUAGUUUACUGUUAA